UCCCUUCCGACUCUGUUGUCCUCUAUUCUGUAUUCUGAUGUGGUGGGAGAGCAAAAUUCACCCCCUCCUUCUCUUUUCCCGCAGCAGAGGGCAGAGGUACCUGUGGAUCCAGCGUGCACCAUGCCCCCAAGGAGCAAUGUUUGCACUUAAUGGGAGCCAUGGCACUUCUUCCUCCUUCAUCCUGUUAGGUAUUCCUGGCCUUGAAGCCUUUUACUAUUGGAUCUCCAUCCCGCUCUCAUCUAUGUAUGUUGUGACACUGCUGGGGAACAGCACCAUGUUGUACAUGAUCGCCACAGAGCAGAGGCUCCACAAGCCCAUGUACCUCUUCCUCUGCAUGCUGGCCACCAUAGACCUGGUCCUGUCCACCUCCACCCUACCCAAGAUGCUUUGCAUCGUCUGGUUCCGAGCUGGAGAAAUCAGUUCCAAGGCCUGCCUGGCCCAGAUGUUCUUCAUCCAUGCCUUCUCGGUCAUGGAGUCCAGCGUGCUGGUAGCCAUGGCCUUUGACCGUUACGUGGCCAUUUGCAACCCCCUGAGAUAUGACACCAUCCUAACCAGCCCUCUGCUGACCAAGAUUGGCAUCGUGGUGGUCCUGAGAGGCACCGUCUUCAUUGUCCCCAUCAUCAUCUUAGCGGCACGUCUUUCCUACUGCAAAACCAACAUCAUUGCUCACACCUAUUGUGAGCAUAUGGCGGUGGUGAAACUGGCUUGCUCAAGCAUCCUGGCCAACGUGGUCUAUGGGCUUCUGGUGGCACUGCUGGUGGUCGGGGCUGAUCUGCUGUUUAUCACCUUUUCCUACUGCAUGAUUACCAGGGCAGUCCUGGCCCUGCCCUCACGAGAUGCUCGCUACAAAGUCUUCAGCACCUGUGCAGCUCACGUGGUGGUCAUCCUGGUGUCCUACACCCCGGCUCUCUUCACCAUCCUGACGCACAGAUUUGGCCAUCACGUGUUGCCUCACGUGCACAUUCUCCUGGCCAACUUCUACCUCCUCUUUCCUCCCAUGCUGAACCCCAUUGUCUACGGAGUGAAGACCAAGGAGAUCCGAGACCAAGUGGUCACCAUUGUCCUGAGGAGGAAGGGCCUUUCAUGAAGGACUUCACAAGGACGUUCUACAUGACUCUUUACACGAGUCACUUGUUGAGAUGGGCAGUUAUAGAAAUCAAAUCAAGAAAUAGGGAUGUCGUCUUCUGAGGAGAUCUGGGGAGUUGGGUAUGAGAAUUGAUGGAAG